CCUAUUCCCACCUCCCCUCCCAUCUUUAAAAGGAGAGGGAGAGAGUGGGUUGCCAUCAAAAAUAGAGUAUUGGCUCUAGCACAACGAGGAACAUGUCUAUGACCAGAAGGCAUUCGUAUACACCACGGCCCUCCAACAUGGUCCUCCGCAGGAUGAGUUUGGACAUUACCCCCAAGUCCAUCAAGGUGGGCUCCCAAGUGGAGGUCAUCGGUAAAGGUCAACGGGGCUCUGUGGCCUACAUAGGCACCACAGUCUUUGCCACCGGCAAGUGGGUGGGUGUCAUCCUGGAUGAGCCCAAGGGCAAGAACGAUGGCACCGUUCAGGGAAAACGCUACUUCACCUGUGAGGAGAACCAUGGUAUCUUUCUGCGGCAGUCCCAGAUCCAGCUCACUAAUGAUGGAGCAGAGUCCACUUCACUCGAUCUUCACCCCAAACAAGAGAACCUGGAGUCCCCAAAAUCAAACAAGAUGCCCUCUCGGGCUCCUGGCUCUGCCGCCUUCCAAACCAGCAACUCGCGCCCCCUAUCCAUAGGAGAGACGAGUGAGCAGAGCACACCUGUGGAGACCCCGCUGACAGCGCCCGCCGUCCCCUCUCCCAGCAGAACAAUGGUUUCACCCUCAACUCCUUCCCUUGCCAAGGCCAGUAAGGAGGAGAGUCUACGGGCCCAGGUACAGGACCUGCAGGAGAAACUGGAGACCCUGCACAUGAAGCGUGUGGAGGACAAGGCCCAGCUGAAGGAGCUAGAGAAACAGCGUCUUCUGGUGGAGCAGCUGCAGGAGUGGAAGUGCAAGAUGCAAGAGCAGCAGGCAGACCUGCAGAGACAGCUGAAGGAGGCCAAGAAGGAGACCAAGGAAGCCCUGGAGGCAAAGGAACAGUACGUGGAGGAGAUAGCGGACACAACAGACGCUGUUGAGAUGGCCACGCUGGAUAAGGAGAUGGCGGAGGAGCGAGCGGAUUCGCUGCAGCAGGAGGUCCACUCGCUCAAGGAGACAGUGGAGGAAUUGACCAUGGACUUGGAGAUCCUCAAGCAUGAGAUCGAGGAGAAAGGGUCACAUGGUGCAGCAUCCAGCUAUCAUGUUAAACAUCUGGAAGAGCAGAACAGCAGGCUCAAAGAAGCACUAGUCAGGAUGAGGGACCUCACGGCAUCAGAGAAACAGGAACACGUGAAGCUGCAAAAGGCCAUGGAGAAGCAGAGGUCCGAGCUGGAGAGGUUACACCUACAGAAGGAGAGGCUAGAGGAGGAGAGCAAGGAGGCAGAGAGGAACAUCGAUGAGCUCAAGGAGCAGGUGGACGCUGCGCUGGGGGCCAAUGAGAUGGUGGAGACUCUGACGGAGAGGAACCUGGAUCUGGAGGAGAAAUUGAAGGAGCUGAGGGAGACUGUGAAGGACCUGGAGGCCAUCAACGAGAUGAACGACGAGCUGCAGGAGAACUCCCGCGAGACAGAGCUGGACCUGCGGGAGCAGCUGGACCUUGGCAAGGCUCAGGUUCGAGAGGCUGAGAAGAGGGCCGAGGCAGCCCAGGAGACCGUGGCGGACUACCAGCUGACCAUCAGCAAGUACCGCGAGCUGACCGCUCACCUGCAGGAAGUGAACAGGGACCUGAACAGCCGACAGGAAGUCACAACGGAGCAGCCCACGGCCGAGCUAUUCCAGUUUAAGAUCAAGUUUGCCGAGACCAAGGCUUAUGCCAAGGCCAUUGAGAUGGAGCUGAGGCAGAUGGAGGUGUGCCAGGCCAGCAGACACGUGACUCUUCUCACCUCCUUCAUGCCUGACUCUUUUUUGCACCGCGGUGGAGACCACGACUGUGUCCUGGUGAUGCUUCUCAUCUCACGUCUCAUCUUCAAGGUGGAGCUCAUCAGCAGACAGACGCAGGAGAAGUUUGACCUGCGUGAGAGCUGCUGGGAUCGAACUGGCCGGCAGGGGGCGGUAGGGGAGCGACUCAGCUUCGCAACGAACCUCAUCCACUCCCUCAGCACACUGCAGGCCACACUGCACAAAUACAGGCAAGCUCUUGACCAGUGCAGUGUGGAGGUGUUUAAGAAGCUUGGCACUCUGUAUGUGGAGAUGAGCGUGCACGAACGCUCCCUGGACUUCCUCAUCAACCUGCUACGCAAGGACCAGCUGGAUGAGACCGUGAACGUGGAACCGCUUGCUAAGGCUGUGAAGUACUACCAGCACCUGCACAGCAUUUACCUGGCAGAACAACAGGAGGACUGCACUCUCCAACUGGCUGACCACAUACGGUUUACCCAGAGUGCUGUGGACUGCAUGAGAGUGGAGGUGGGCCGUCUGGAGGUGUUCCUGCAGGCCGCACAGGAAGAAACGGACCUUGCUCUGCUCUUAAAGGAGGCAGAGACUUUCUGCACCGAGAUCCAACGGUUUUGCAAGAAGAUCCGUCACAGAAUGCCUGGAAACAACGCGCCUGGUAUCCCAGCAGCCCUAAAAUUCGGCCAGCCGGUGUCAGACUCUCUGGAGGACAGCCGGAGACACCUGAGCAAGUUGGUGGAGGUGCUGAAGGAGGUGGCCAGGGCAGGGGCGCAAAUGAUUGCUCCACUUCCAGAGGAAGGAGGUUUUGCCACUCAGAAACUGGAGGACCAGGCCUUAACAUCAGCUCAGCAGGUCUACAGCCCCCAAGAUAUCAGCCCCCUCGAGUGUAUGCGGCAGUCCUGCCACACAGUCGCUGCCACCAUGAGCAAGAUGGCCGUUGCAAUGCAGGAGGGCGAGUACGAUGCAGAGAAAACCAUGAUUGUGAGCCCCCCUCCCGUGGAACUGAGGGCGGCCGCCUUACGGGCAGAGUUCAUGGAUGCAGGGGGCCUGGGGCUACAGCUGCAGGACCGGGAGAUGGACAUCAAAGAACUGAAGAAGUCUCUCAAGAUCAAGCUCCUGGCUCUAGGAGAGGCGAAAGUACGCCUCAGUCUGCUGGAGAAGAAACUAGACACUGCAUCCAAGGACACUGACGAGCGGGUGGAGAGCAUCCAGACCACACUAGACGAGUGCCAGAGCUUGCUCAAGAAGAAGGAGAAGGAGUUAGAGGAAACCACGGAUGCCCUUCAGGCUGACAUUGACCAGCUAGAGUCUGAGAAGGCCGAACUGGAGCAGCGCCUUAGCAACCAGACCAAUAUGACCAAUGAGGAUCUGCAAGCGCCAUCCAGCAUUGCAUCCAUCACCACAGCUGCAGUUCCAGAUAGCACUGCAGAUCCCAUCAUGGAUAGUUGCUCUUGGCCCCCACAAGUCAUCGACUCUCCUCUCCUGCUGCAGCAGAUCAGCACUCAGCGUUUCGCUAUUAAACAGCUGAAGAAUGAGAACUAUCGUCUAAAGGCUGAGAAGAUGAAUGACCAGUUGGCAUCCUUGCCCCCACUGCAUGUGCCCAAGCUGCCUGCUGUGGGUACCUCCAGGUCAGAGCCACUCUCCAGCGCCCUCUAUCACAAAACCAGUGAACUGCUGAAUACCCUGCUGGGGAUGAGUGCCAAUAUGAAGGUGGUGGACAUAACCGGGAGGUCACCAGUGAGCCCUAAAGCACAACUCCUGGAGCAAACUGCCUACCUGCACUCCCUUAGCACCGUGCUGAAUGGACUAAAGGAUAAAGUGGCAGACCACGUCAUGACCCAGUGCCCUGGAGCUCGCAUCUCAUCAGAUUUCGCAACGUUUCCCUCCCCCUCUUUUAAGGCCAGAGAGGAGCAGAAAGGGGAGACUGUAUUAGUGGGGAAGGUCAUGAUCCCCUGCGCCCCCGGACAGGAGCACGUCCACCGCCUUGUCUUAUCGCGCCAGGACCUCCACAGGGUGCACCUCCUCAUGAGGCCCUAAUCCUCUCUCCUCCUGAAUGGUCCCAUCACAGUGAUAGCCUGUUCUCCUGGGCCUCCAUCUUUACCUGUAUCGCAUGUGCCAAAGAGCAAUACUCCUGGCUGCAGCUCUUGCUUUGGCUGCAGACAAGAAUUGCAUUAUUGCCCCAAUGUCUCACUGCGCCAGGGGAAGACAAAUUCUGAAAAAUGUCCUCAUUAAUGCAAGCAUUAAAAAAAAAAGUUUGUGUUGGUUUUUAAGCUGAAACUUGAACCACUGAAGUGAUUUAUAUGGUGUCCACAAGGUGCUGACAGUCCAAAUUUUGGCUUUGAACUGUGUGGAAAAACGAAUGUAGUACAAUCCAUUAAAUGCAUACAAAUGACCUGCUCAUGGUGACAGUUGUUUACACUGUUAUUCAGUAGUAUUGCAACAUUAUUUCUCCUCCCCCACCUAAAGUUUCUUGUGUAUGGGCCACCGCCAUUAAAUCUUUUCUUUCCUCUGUUAAAA